CCCGUGGACCCACGAAUCCAUCACAAUCCACGGAUAACGCACACACUUAUGUUGAAUAUUACAAAGCGCACAACUCGUGCUUACCAAACACCAACUACAGACCAGGCAGACUUGUAGUAGAAGAAUCGAUCCGACCGACCUUUUCCUUUCGAGUGCCCCUGAGUUCUUUCCGGUAUCCAAAGUUGUAAGUCCGUCGAAACCCCACUUGAUUGAUGGAGGCAAAGCACCAAUUACACAGUGAGAAUUAUGCUGCUGAUAUUUCAUCUAUAAAAGAUGCACAUGGACGCAUCAGCCCAUUCAUACAUAGAACUCCAGUUCUGUCAUCAGAAUCUCUAAACUACAUUGCUGGGAAGAAGCUAUUUUUUAAAUGUGAAUGUUUUCAGAAGGGUGGAGCUUUUAAAUUUAGAGGUGCAUGCAAUGCUAUUUUCUCUCUUAUGGAUGAUCAGGCAGCUAAAGGAGUUGUAACCCAUAGCAGUGGUAACCAUGCAGCGGCAGUCUCUUUAGCUGCAAAGCUACGUGGAAUUCCAGCAUACAUUGUAAUACCAAAAAAUGCUCCGAAAUGUAAGGUUGAGAAUGUCAGGCGUUAUGGUGGUCAGGUUAUCUGGAGUGAGGCCACAAUGCCAUCAAGGGAAAGUGUUGCUGCCAAAAUUUUGCAAGAAACUGGUGCAGCUAUGGUUCACCCAUUCAAUGAUGGUCGCAUCAUAAGUGGACAGGGUACCAUUUCACUGGAGCUUCUGGAACAAGUACCACAAAUUGACACUAUAGUAGUCCCAAUAAGUGGAGGUGGUUUGAUCUCGGGAGUGGCAUUGGCUGCUAAAUCCAUUAACCCUUCCAUUAGGGUUUUAGCCGCGGAGCCCAGGGGUGCUGAUGAUGCUGCAAGGUCCAAGGCAGCUGGGAAGAUUGUAAAAUUGUCUGAAACCAACACAAUUGCUGAUGGACUUCGAGCUUUUCUCGGAGAUCUGACAUGGCCCAUAGUUCGAGAUUUAGUGGAUGACAUAAUAACCGUGGAAGAUAAGGAAAUUAUAGAAGCCAUGAGAAUGUGUUAUGAGAUUUUGAAGGUCGCUGUGGAACCCAGUGGGGCCAUUGGCCUUGCUGCUGUUCUCUCUGAUGGUUUCCAGAAGAAUCCUGCUUGGAAUGAAUGCAAGCACAUUGGAAUCAUACUUUCAGGAGGCAAUGUGGAUCUUGGUGUGCUUUGGGAAUCACUCAAUAAAUGAAGUUAAAAGUCUCUCCCCUUUUCCUCUGCCUACUGGCCUGCUGUUGUGUCUAAUGAACACUAUCUUCCCAGUUGACAGAAGACAUGUUUGGCCACACCUCAGAAUUCAUUAAUUAAUUAUCCCCACCCCUUACAACAGCAUGACUCCGUGAAGUACAAUCGCAUUAUGAAUAAAAACUCAAAUCACCACUUUUAGUUUUUUC